AUGGACAAGUUGACCAAAGGUUGGGUUGACCACCUCCGUAAGACAGCCCGGCAGGAGUCGGCCUCCCGCGGAAGCUGCCCUCUCUGUGAGGCCGAGAUCCAGCCGGACCUGGACUCCUUCAAGGCCCAUGUACGCGCCGACGCCACGAAACACGCGAGCCUCACGGCCGACGCCGAGAUAGAGGAAGCCUUCAACAGGGUGACGAUACACGGCUCCAGAUCCGACCCUGCAGCCGAUGGAGCGGCCGGCUCCGCCAGGAAGCGUGGUGCCCUCGAAGGCGGGGACGGGCCCGAGGGAGCCCUGCCCUCGCCCAACUCGGAGCAAGAUGCCGACGCGAACCUGCGCGGCGGCAAGAAGCUAUGCUCGCCCCCGGCCUCGGUCUCCCAGCCGACGGCGGCCGUUUCGCCACCGACGCCCGGCCGCAGCCGCGCACGCCUCAGCCAGAGCACCGGCGACUUCGACCGAGGCUACGGCUCCAAGAAGCAGACGAGCCGUCACCUGUGGAACCCCGACGACGCGCCCGCCCGCCCACCGCAGGCCCGCCCCUCCCACUUCGUCCCCUCGAGGCACUCCCAUCGCUCCUCCCACCGGCCCGGCCACGGCGCGCAGUCGUCGGCAUCGCAGGCGUCGUCGGCCCCGGUCAUGAUUCGUCAGCCGGAAACGAGGGACAUCUCGCCCGACCAGCUCAUCGUCGAGGUCAAGGGCAUCUACUCCGGCCUCGUCAUGAUCGAGAGCAAGUGUGCCGAGUACGACAUGAGCCAACGGUCGAAGCAGCUCAGCAUGGAUCAGUACCACGCCCUCAUCGCCCUCCACCGAUCCCUUCUCCACGAGCAUCACGAUUUUUUCCUCGCCAGCCAGCACCCGUCCGCCAACGACGCGCUGCGACGGCUCGCCUCCAAGUACCAGAUGCCCGCCCGCAUGUGGCGCCACGGCAUCCAUUCCUUCCUCGAGCUCCUCCGCCACAAGCUGCCGGCUUCCCUCGAGCACAUGGUCACCUUCAUCUACAUCGCCUACAACAUGAUCGCCCUCCUGUACGAGACUGUGCCCGCCUUCAAGAACAACUGGAUCGAGUGCCUUGGAGAUCUGAGCCGGUACAGGAUGGCCAUCGAAGGCAUGACGCUCGACGGCAAGCCCGUCGACGAGGAGAGCAUCAAGGACCGCGAUACCUGGGCCGAAGUCUCCAAGUCCUGGUACAGCACCGCCUCGGAUCGAUCGCCCACCACGGGCCGCCUCUACCAUCACCGCGCCAUCCUGGCCCGGCGGAACGCGCUGCAGCAGCUCUUCUUCUACGGCAAGGCCCUCUGCGUGCCAAUCCCUUUCCUCUGCGCCCAGACGAGCAUCAAGACCAUGUUUGAGCCGCUGCUCGACUCGUCCUCGAACGAGGGGUGGAUGGCGCCGGUGGACUUGGCCUUCGUCCGCGUCCACGGCAUCCUGCUGUGCGGUCGAUCCAGGGAGCAGCUGCGGCCGUCGACGGAUGCCUUCCUGCAACUCCUCGAUGGCUCCAUCGGCAGCGCAUACAGCGGCUGGCUCGAGCAGGGGUGCUACGUUGCCGUCUCGCUCGCCUGCUUGAUGCUGGGCUACGGCAACAAGUCCAACGCCCUCAUGCAGGUCAUCUCCCCGACGUCCCGCCAGUCGCCGGAAGAAGUCUCGGGCCAGCGCUCGAGCGCCGAGACGGAGCCUAGCCUGGACGAGGAAGCGGGGGAGAUAUUCGAUCCGAACCCCGGCGAGACCUUUGCAGAGGCGCUUCGACUUUUCGUUUCCACCUACGAAAUUGUACUCCGACGAUGGGGCGACAAGAACACGCUCUCCUUCGUUCACGCGAGCCUCGUCUUCAUCCUUCACUUGGCGCGCAAUCCCGACGCCAUGAACGACGUGCAAAACGCCUUUCCCUGGAAGCUGACGUCGAUCAUGCUCAACUACUUGCUCAGGACGUCCAAGACGACGCCGCGCAUCGACACGGAUGAGUUUCCGGGGCCGGAAAAGGGCGAGGCCCCCCGUCCGCUGCCCGAGGACUACGCCAUGCGGGGGUUGCUCUACGCGGAGGAUUUCUUUCCGAACGGCUGGUUCGAGAACGAAAAGAUUGACGACGACGAACGAUACCAAGAGCAACCUUCAAAAACGUCGGAGAGGCGAGAGCGCAUCCUCUGGAUCGGCCGGCAGCUGGCCAACCACGGCGAGUGGCUGACGUGGGACGAAACGAAUCGCAUCUUCGGCGUCAGAUUCCAAUACGACAUCCGCCUCGACGGGCUUCCGGACGACAACGGCGAGCGAGGAGCUGCUGAGUGA